AGCUUCUUUUGCUUUGUAACACGACACCAUGGGGCUCAAUAGCUUUCCUAUCUAGCGCGUUACCCAGUUAUGAGACUAGCGCCCGGCAUGGCAACCUGUUUUACAAGUGUGUGGAAGAUCUGUCCGUGUAAAUAAAGCUAUUCCUAGCAGAAUAAACAUGGCGGCGACUAUGCAGUGUGACAGUAAAUGAUGCUUUAUAAACGUCCAAGAAUCAAAACGUUUUUUCAGAAUGUCCCAAAACAAGUCACCAGAAAAGAAAAGGCCACGAAAAAGUCUGUCACUUUCAAAAAACAGAGCCGUCUUGAGCCCUAAAAGCAAAAAAUCCAACUCUAAGUCAAUUGUUACUCUUUUUAAAAAUGCACCCCCUGCAAAGCUUUCCUGUCCUCUAUGUGGGGAAAUGGUGCCACGAUUUGGCUUGAACAGUCACAUGGAUGAGACGUGUCCAAAAGCAAAGCAGGGGGAGGACGACGUUAUACUGGUUGAAAAUGUUGAGACCCUGAAAACCAAUGUGUCGGUUCAGAAUGAUCACCUUCAAGAAGACAACAUGGUCCAAGCAGCACCGACCUAUGAGGCAAAGAGCCCUCAUGCUAAAACCGAUGUGAAUGUGAAGCAAGCCAGUCCAUAUUUUAACAAAAAUGUGCCUUUAUCUGGGGUUCCUAAUGAUUUUCAGGUAGUGAAAACCGUACCUUUAGGGAGUCUUUCCUCAAAACUUUCAAGGCGUUAUAAAACUCGUCAAGUAAAGAAGGAUAUUGACGCAGAGGUGGACGCUGAAGCAGAUGCCACCGGGUGUAUUGAAAAUUCCACAAGAAACAAAUCUUCACUGCAGUCCAUGGCCAUUUUGGAUAAAACAGGAACUAAGUCUCCUAAAGGAGAUGAACCUCAGGAUGAUUCUGAUGAUAUAUGUCUCAUCAAUGAUGACAGCCCACAGUCACCACAUUGUAGUGAUACAUUGCUGCCUGGUGCAUCAGUUAAUGGGAGUGCUAACGCUUCAAUGCAUGCUUUAGAAGGAUGUGAUUUACUGACGGCCAACCAUUGUAACACAUUAAAAUGCGUAAAUGUUUCUGGGGAUGAUGCUUCACACCAUGAUUGUGACAAACAUGAAUCCAUGCCUUCUGCUGAAGACAGCAGUCAACUUCUUCCCAUGGAAGAUCCUUGUAUUUUAGAUGAUUUUAUGAAACCCUUUUAUGACACUGACUGUCAAGGUUCAGGAGAGAGUUUAGGGAAUACAAUGGAGUCCACUAGCGAACGAGAAUCGGCAUCUGAAGAUGUGCGUCACCCAUACUAUCUGCGGAACUUCCUCAUGGUUCUCCAGACUGUGAUGCAAUGUGAAGAAGAUAUGAGUCUCUUUAAUGAAGAAGACCGUAGAACGUUAAAUUCAUUUCUUCAACUUUCAGCUGGGAGCCAGAAACUGUAUGUUCGACUCUUUCAACGCAAAUUCAACUGGAUAAAGGUUAACAAGAUUGAGUAUUCAGAGAUCGGAUCCAAUUUGACUCCCUUCAUUGAAGAACUUAUCCAGCACAAAUUCCUGCAAUCAGACUUAGAGUUAGAAGAGCUCUCCGAAGCACUGGAUCUUCUCUCUGCACCAGAACUAAAGAUUUUGGCGAAAGGAUUUCACCUGACAAACCCCACAGCUCAAAAACAUCAACUUGUCAAUGAGUUUCUGCGUUUGUCUCGCCAACGUUCGGUUUUCAGCAUGGGGAGGAACCAGCCUGGCAUUGCUGCAGUGAUCCUGAAAAAGUCCAAACAAAUUACCGGGCGUGCUGUGCGGGUUUGCAGAGGUCCUCGAGCUGUGUUUUCGCGCAUUCUCCUCCUGUUCUCCUUGACUGAUUCAAUGGAGGUGGAAGAAGCUGCUAGUGGCGGCCAGUCCCAGCUCUCCACAGUGCUGUUGGUUAACAUGGGACAAAUGAAGUUUCCCCAGUACACUGUCUGUAGGAUUACUAGGAUCUUCCAAAAUAGAGAAGAUCUAAUCAGGUAUGAGUGUGCCAUGCACAAACUCGUGGAUAUCGUAGUUACCAUGACAAAUGGCAACUGGACAGAGGCGCAUGUCCUUUAUGAGAGCGCCAGGAAGGAUUGGGAUGAGCUGAAGGAUGAUCCGUUCCUAAGGUACCAUGUGGAACUGCCGUUGCAUCUGCGUUGCUUUACUGUCGGCUGGGUAUAUACCAGAAUCCUGUCCCGAGGAGUAGAGAUCUUGCAAAGGCUGCACCUGUAUGAGGAAGCUGUAGAGGUGCUGCAAACCCUUUUGUCGCAGCGUGUUUACUGCCCUGACAAUAGAGGUCGCUGGUGGGAGCGUCUGGCCCUCAACCUGCAGCAACAUUUGAAGAGCACAGAGAAAGCCAUUGGUUUUAUCAUGGAAGGCUUGUCGGAUCCUCAUGUGCGGACGGGUCACCAGCUUUCUCUGUACCAACGUGCUGUGCGAAUAAGAGACUCUCCAAGCUGCAAAAAAUUCCGCCCCUUAUUCUCCGAUCUGCCGACAAUUGAAGUAGAGGACGUUCCCCAUGUUACCAUCAAAGGCAAGAUGUGUCCUCAGACAGGAAUGGGCAAGUCUGUGUUCUUAAUGGUUGAUGAGUCCGGGGACAUUGGAGAGGACAACAGCCUUUCUACUGUAAUGUGUUCCGUGGAGGAGCUUGCGCUGGCACAUUAUAGAGAGCAGGGCUUUGAUCAAGGCAUUCACGGAGAAGGAUCUACAUUCUGCACUCUUUAUGGUUUGCUUAUGUGGGAUAUUAUAUUUAUGGAGGGUAUCCCAGAUGUCUUCCGAAAUUCAUAUCAGGCCUACCCUCUCGAUUUAUAUACAGACAGUUUUUUUGAGAGCAGACGGGAAGCCAUUGAAACUCGCCUCCAGCUGAUUCAGGAAUCAUCCACCGAGACUUUAAUCCAGCUGAUUGCAGAUGUAUGGAAAGCACACGAGGGAGAAACGGCAGCGAUGAUAAGCUGGGAGCGCUUCUUAUCUCUUCAACAAGCUCAGAACCUGGCGUCUUGCUUUGGAGGACCCUUUUUAAGUGGUGUAUGCAAGAUUAUGUCAAAAGACUUAAGGCACUGCAGAUCAGGACUCCCUGAUUUGGUUGUAUGGAAUAUGGAGAAGAAGCAAUACAAGCUAGCAGAAGUGAAAGGUCCUAAUGAUCGUCUGUCACACAAGCAGAUGGUUUGGUUACAUGAGCUGAAGAGGAUGGGCGCGGAUGUAGAAGUGUGUCACGUUGUAUCCAUUGGUGCCAAGAGGAGCAGGCUUACCUAAAUUAUAAAAUGAAUGCGUGUUUGUCUAUAAAAUUAAUUUACCCUAGAAAACAUUGCUGUAUAAAAUAAAGUAUAAAGACUCA